AUGGUUUCUGUGAACAAUCAAACGUCAGUUGGAGUUCGAGAUGAUUCUUCGUCUCGCAAAAGCGGUUUGAAGAAGACUGCAAAGGACAGAGUCUACAAGAACAAAAGACCGACGGAAAGACAUAAUCAUAAGCACAAGACGUCCAAGAGGAAUACACAAGAAGAACAACGAACCACUCGUGCUAAAUCUCCUUUCCGUCCGUCGUACCAACGUUGGCGAUCUGUUCGAUCUGUGGACGAGUUCACAUAUCUCAACAGAAUUGAUGAAGGAGUAUUCGGAGUGAUCCAUGCCGCCAAAGACAAACAGACGGGUGAAAUGGUUGCCCUCAAACAACUUAAGAAAAUUAAUGAAAGGGAAGGAUACUCCAUCGCCGCUCGGAGAGAGCUCGGUAUGUUGCUGAGGAUGAAGCAUCCCAAUAUUGUCGCAGGCCGAGGACUUGCGUCGAGUUCCAGAUGUGACCAAGUAUUCAUAGUCAUGGAGCUCAUUGACUACGACUUGAAGACUUUCAUGGAGACAAUGCAAAGUAACCAGCAAUUGUUUUCAGUAGAACAGGUGAAAUGCCUGAUGAAGCAGUUGUUGAAGGCAGUACAACACCUUCACGACCAUCACGUCAUACACUGCGAUCUACAAACAAGCAAUAUCUUGUUGUCGAACGAAGGUGUGCUGAAAGUGGCAGAUUUUGGUAAGGCCCGAAACUAUAAAUUCCCUCCUGGGCAGUAUACGCCAGCCGCAGUUACGCGCUGGUAUCGGGCACCUGAACUUUUGCUGCUGUUCAACGAAUACUCCUCGCCUGUCGACAUGUGGAGUGUUGGGUGCUUAUUCGCAGAAUUAAUAACAUUGCUGCCCCUGUUUCCCGGCACAUCUGAGUUGGACCAGAUCACCCAGAUAUUUGUGGCUUUGGGGACGCCUUCAGACUCCAUUUGGCCGGGUUACAGCGAAUCACCAAUGGUACAAAUGAUUACGUUCGACGACUAUCCUCCGGGCGAGUUGCGCAAAAUGAUAAGUCGUGAACUACUAUCAAAAGAAGGACUAUCUUUGCUGCAAGGUUUCUUGACUUACGAUCCUUCAAGGAGGAUCACAGCAGCCGCUGCGUUAGAGCACACAUACUUCAGCGAGCAGCCGGUGGCGAUGGAGCCGGCCAUGUUCAUGACGUCGUCCGCUCGCUGA